AUGGAUCCUAACAACCCUGAUUUUUCUAAUUAUUUUUCUGAUUUGGGUGAUGAUUUUGUCACUAAUCCUCGAUUUCAAACUUUCCUUCAAAGAAUAGCUCCUCAAUAUCCACCACAACAAACACAUCCUCAAUUUCCACAACAACAAACACCUCCAGAAUUUUCUAUCCUAAACAAUACCUAUGAACCACAUUCACCUCCUGUUUAUCAAGGAAGAAAUUCUCAACUUAAUGAUGAACUGGAAGAAACAGUUCCAGAUACUCCACAAUACCCACCACCUCCUGUAAGAGUGUCUGUCAAUCAAAACCAACCAAUUGGAAAAGGGAGUCGAAUGUGGUCUGUUGCGGAGGAUGAAACUCUUAUUAGUUUGUAUCUGCAAUUCAGUGAAGAUGCAAUUGUUGGUACAAACCAAAAAGCAUCUGCACUAUGGAGAAAAAUUUCAGUGGCUUAUGAUCAAGCGCAGGCUGAGAAACCUCACAUCCUACCACCAAGACCUUUGAGGAGUUUGGAAAGUCGUUGGAGAAGGAUGGCAACUGAUUUAAUACAAUGGAGUAGUUGCUAUGACGAAGCUGGAAGGGCUACAAGAAGUGGCUACAACGAAGCAGAUCGAAUUAAUAACGCGAGUAAGUUAUUCUAUGCUUCCUCCAAGCCUAGGCAACAUAAUUUUAAUCAUCACCAUGGUUGGGAAAUUGUUAAAAAUGACCCAAAGUGGAGGACAAAACUGAGAUGGGCGUUGUCAAGAGAGGACAGAUUAGUCGUAGGUGAUGCUGUCGAAGAUGAUAGUAGUGGAAGUGAUAAGCGGUGUAGAACCGAAGAGGAAGGUGCUAUACCAUCCACCGAUUUAUCUUCUGGAGGUCUUCCUCGACUCGAUGGUGUUAAAAAGGCAAAGGCCAAGUGUAAUAAGGGAAAAGAAGUGGCUUCUGAUGCUUCAACCCUUGGUGAGCAAAUGAAGCAAAAUAAUGCAUGUCGGGAAACAGAGGCACAAAUACGGUUGAAGAAGUUGGAUUUUGACAUGGAAAUGGAAAGGAGGAAACAAAAACAAGUAGAAAUUCAGCAAAAACAAGUUGACAUACAAGAGAGAAGGCUCAACUAUGAAAUGCUACAAGAUCUAAUUUCAAAGGGUACAGAUUUAACUCCCGAUGAAGAGGCCUACAAAGAUGAAUUACGUGCACUGCUAUAUGGUAGAAGGCACAUGUGA